CAUAUUACUUAUAAAGAAACGUACGCAGUCGGGUUUUUUAAAUUACCUUUUUUUAUUCAUUUAAAUAUUCAAACGUUAAUAAAUCCAAAUCUAAAGUCAGUUUUUUUUUUAAUUAUGAUUAACUUUCAAGGCCUCUCCAAGGUAACCCAUUACCUAGACAAGAUUAAUAAAUUUCUUAAAAUUUUUAUGUUAUUCUCCACCUCUAUACCUAUAUAUAAUACACAAUUUAAAUUUUAUAGUAAAAAAUAAACAAAUAUGACCUCAGAAAUAAUUCAUGCACUUUAUUCCGUCGAUAGUCGGCUACCAGUAGUAGCGCGAUAGUCGCCGCGUCGUGUAACGCGGAAAGCUGAUCAUGAAUGCUCUAAGCAUGGCUUGAAACUAGUCGAGUUCCUCGUCAAACAGUUACUCGAGUAAGCCGAUAACAUAAUAAUUACGUAGAAUUGGAUGCUUUUUAAUAAUAGCACUUUUUUCCUGCAUUCUUUCCUCUUUCCACAUCCUCAUAAACAUUACUUAUCUUAUAUUUAUGUCAGUCUGGGUAAACCAAGGCCCUAUUUCCAGUUAUCAAACUGAUGAAAUUAUCUAAGACAUAAUUCUCAUUAACUCUUAUCUACUCAUUACAAAAUUGGUAUAAUAUAAAUGAAGUCCUCAGAAGACAAGUGUUGAGUUUGUUGUAAACAGCACCAUGAAGUUCUUGGUAGUGACUGUGUUGGCUCUAGCAGUGGCCGCCUCCGCAAGGCACAUCACACUUGAAGAUGUCAUCGACUUAGAAAAGAACACGCCGUACGGUUACAUCACCGCCGUCGCCGUGCCAUUAGCUGACAAAGUCCUUAUUGCUGAGGAGGAAGGCGGACAGAAUCAGUCCAGAAUCCUCGGUGGCUCAUUUGCUGGUCUUGGACAAUUCCCGUAUCAGGCUGGACUUUUAGUCCACUUACCCAGUGGCAAUGGUGUCGCCAGUGCAGUUCUAAUAUCAAACACUAGGGUACUAACAGCUGCUCACAACUUACACGAUGGAGCAUCAAAUGUCCCAAGUGUCACCGUGGUCCUUGGAACCACCACACUAUUGGGAGAUGGCAUAACAUUUACAACCAACAACUUUAUUUUACAUGAAAACUAUAACCUUUUCCAAUUGAUAAAUGACAUUGCUAUCAUCAAUUCUCCGUUUACUAUUCAAAGUUCAGGUACUGUGGCUCCCAUCGCUCUUCCUUCUGGCUCUCAGCUUCAAGAGAACUUCGUUGGUGACAAUGCUGUAGUAUCAGGAUUUGGAAUGAAUCCUUCAAUUGGAGGUGUUAUCGCGAAUCAGCCGUUUAGCUACGUGAGCUUGCCAGUGAUCACAAACGAUGUCUGCGCCCAAGUUUUCGGUUCAGUUAUUCAACCUGCCAUCGUGUGCACGGGAAGUGUAGCCAAUAAAAAUGUUUGCUCUGGUGACUCAGGUGGUCCUCUCGCAGUUCAGAGGAAUGGUAAUCCUCUUUUGAUUGGUGUUGUAUCAUUCGGUGUACCAGGAUGUGCUGGUGGGAACCCAUCUGCUUACUCGAGAGUCACUCAAUACAUGAACUGGAUAAACGCACGAUUGUAAAUAAUUAUUGAAAUAAACAGUAUAAAAAACUAUAACUAAUUUUAUUUUGUAUUGUAUAAUUAAA